GUCACCGAAACACGAGCUGCCAUGGACCCGCGGUCUGCUCUGAAGUCAAAAGCAAAGCCGACGGAGCCACCUGCACCUUGGCUGGAUGCGCAGCGGACCUCAGAGCAGCAGCCGGCUCAGAUGCUUCAGACUGCUCUGCAGACGAAAGCACAGCCGACGGAGCCACCUGCACGGCUGGAUGCGCAGCGGACCUCAAAGCAGCCGGCUGAGCAGGAGCAGGGUGAGGUGGAGCUUCAGGGUGAGGUGGAGCUUCAGGGUGAGGUGGAGCAGGGUGAGGUCAAGCAGGGUGACGUGGAGCAGGGUGACGUGGAGCAGGGUGAGGUGGAGCAGGGUGAGGCGGUGACUGCAGAGCACAUCCGCUCCAAGUGGAACCAGUUCGUGGAUGAGCUCCCCACUUGGUGGAGCCACCUGAAGGUCAAGGGCUCCGGAUCCGUUUCAAGCUCCUUUGACCGACUGCACAGCUGA